GGGAGUGGCCAUUCGACGACAGGUUCGCGGGUUUGCCUCCCACGCCCCCAGCCUCCUGUCGCCGGGCGGUGCUGCCGGCAGCCUCCUCUGGGGACCGUCCCUCUCCGGGUUCCGCCUCCGCCCUUCCUUCCUGUGCGCUCCUUUCCCUCCCUCGUCCCUUUUAAAUCAUAUUUGGGAAUCGUUUAAUUAUUAUUAUUUUUUUUUUUUAAAGAGAGGGUGGGGGGGCGGAAUCGGAGUCGUGGAGAAGCAGAGACACUCAGGGUGGUGUAAAGGAAUUCGUUAGCCAUGGAUAUAUUCAAGAAAGGACUUUCAAAGGCCAAGGAGGGAGUCGUGGCUGCUGCAGAAAAAACCAAACAGGGUGUGGCAGAAGCAGCAGGAAAGACAAAAGAGGGCGUUCUCUACGUAGGCUCCAAAACCAAGGAAGGAGUGGUGCAUGGCGUGACAACAGUGGCUGAGAAGACCAAAGAGCAAGUGACAAAUGUCGGCGGGGCGGUGGUGACAGGUGUGACCGCAGUAGCCCAGAAAACAGUGGAGGGAGCAGGAAGCAUUGCAGCUGCCACUGGCUUUGGCAAAAAGGACCAAUUUGGCAAGAGUGAAGAAGGCGCCCCCCAGGAAGGAAUUCUGGAAGAUUCGCCCAUGGAUCCCGACAGUGAGGCUUACGAAAUGCCUUCUGAGGAAGGGUAUCAAGACUAUGAACCUGAAGCCUAAGAAAUAUCUUUGCUCCCUGUUUCUUGAGAUCUUCUGACAGACGUUCCAUCCUGUACAAGUGCUCAGUUCCAAUGUGCCCAGUCAUGACAUUUGCUCAAAGUUCUUACAGUGUGUUUUGAAGUCUUCCAUCAGCAGUGAUUGAACUAUCCAUACCUGCCCCCGCCCACCACUCCGGUGCUCCCCUCUCGCUGACGCGAAUACCUGGUAGCAGGUCCUUGUGUGCUGUGGAUCUUGUGGCUUCAAACCUAAAAUGUUAAAACCAAUUAAAAAACACCUAAGUGACUACCACUUAUUUCUAAAUCUUCACUAUUUUUUUUUUUUGGUUGCUGUUGUUGAGAAGUUGUGAUUUAUUAUCCUAUAUUACAAGAUUUUUAGGUGUCUUUUAAUGAUUCUUUCUGUCCGAGAAUAAUGACGUAUUGUGAAAUUUGUUAAUACAUAUAAUAGUUUAAAAAGAGCAUGAAACUAUGCACCUAUAAAUAUGAACUAUGAAGUUUUACUGCUUUGUGAUGUGUUUUAUUAACUUGUGUUUGUAUAUAAAUGGUGAAAAUUAAAAUAAAAUGUUAUCUCAUUACGAAA